UCUACGAAUAUAUUAUUAUAUAUCAUUCAUGUAUAUAAAUCAUCAGUUCAUCUGUAUCUUUACCAGUUUUACGUUCAACAUUCACAAAAAAAAAAAAAAAAAAAUAUGAAUUGAACUAACUUUAAAAUUUACAAACAUAAACUGGCUAUUCAUAAGUGCAACAUUGAACCAGUUGUUUGGUACCCGUUGGAUAAUGAUGAUGGUCAACGCUUUUAAUUUUUGCUCAAGACACAUACUAAAAAAUACUACAACGUCAUAUUGAUAAUUAAAAUGGAUUUAGUUAUUACCAAUAACAUUCAUGGAAGGAUUCACCUCACCUCACUGAACAUGGCUAGUACCUUUUCAACUUAAGGUUCGCACUUGAAACAACUCUUUGAGUCAUAGUUGCCGUUAAAAUUCGUGUCUCAGAAGUACUCUUGCCAAUAGUGAUAUAAAUGCAUACGCACCAUUCAGUUCAUGGACUACAUCGUGAAGUUUGUAUCAGAUACGAUUGACGUCACCAUGGUUAAAAGAAAGAAAAAAAGCUGUUCACUGUGCAGAAAUACUGUAGGAAAAUUUCAACUAAACCCAAACAAAGAAAACAGUGAACUGAAUUUGUUGUGAGCCAUGAAGUCAAACCAAAAUGCAAUAUGUUACUAUGUUCUCUCCAUUUGAAUCCAGUUGACUUUUUUUUAUGAAAAUUCAACCAACACUGAAAAAUAAUGUUGUACCAACAAUUAUAAUAUCAAAAAAGUCAACUAAUAAUGAGCUAUUAGUUACGGUGUUGCUUAGAUCACAACAUUUUUAACCACAGUGUUCAACCAAAUUAACUAUUAAAAAGAAGUCAUAUAUCAGUCCAGAUAGUACUAUAAGCUCGGAUAAUAAUUCAGAUUAUAUUGGUCAAGAUGCCAACUUGAAAACUGUUUUGCCUGAAAGAUUUUAUCAUAGCAAUAAAAAAAAAAAGAAUGUUAUGAAAAUGGAAUUAUCAAAUUUCAUACUUCAAAUGGAUACAUUGUUGCUCGAUUCUAAAAUUAUCAAAAAAGAGAAUGACAUUCAAGAAGAAAAUGAUAUACAUGAAAAGGAUAAAUCCAAAAAUAUUGCAUUACUACAGCAAAGUACAAGCAAAAACAUACCUGGUAUUGAUCAAUAUGUUCAAGUUGAUAGAUUAACACAGCGCCCAGACAAUAAUGAUGCAUUGUCACAGUUUAGUGGUGUCAUAAACAAAAUUCACGACAAAAUCAAAAUAGAAGCAGAUUUCGUUGACAGUGAUGAUAUGUUAAAAAGUUCUAUUGUUUUAGAAAAUAACUUUAUUAAACUGGACUCAGCGUAUUAUAAUGUUAGAUUGUGCGACAAAAAGUUCAGCAUUAAAUGCAGAAUUUGCAAUGUAUCAUUCUUUGGAAAGCCUAAAUUAAGGAUUCAUAUGAGAUAUCAUAGUUUAAAAUUGCCAUUAUCAAAAAAACUUUUGAUGAAUCACACUAAGGAUCUUAAAAAACAUUACAAUCAAAUAUUAAUAAAAUAAAAUAUAUCACUGAUUAUAAAAUUUGUAAUAAAAUUUUUUUUGGUAGUUCUUUAACUAUGAAAAAUCAUAUGAAGAUAUAUUCAUAAGAUGCUGAUCAAACUUCAAAGGAACAAUAUAAAAGUGAUAUUUAUAGUAAGAUAGUGUCUUCUAGUUCAUCAAUUUUAAAAAAAUCAUAUGAAGAAACACAACAGAAACUACUCAUGCUAUGUACGAACAAUAUAAAUAUGAUAUUUGUAAUAAGGUAGUGUCUAGUUAAUUAAUUUUAUAAAAGCAUAUGAAGAGAUAUACAAAAAAAGUUAUUCAGAAAUGUAAUAUCAGUAAAAAGCUAUUUAAAAAUUAUUUUUAUUUUAUUUAUUAUAAAAAACAACAUAAAAAAAAUUGGCACUCCAAUGUUGAGGACGAUUUUCAAAUAGCCGAUGUUCAUAAGAAGAUCAAUGUUAAUUUGUCAUUAAAGUAAUCCAUGGUAUCUCGUGUCUCAAAAGAAUGAAUUGAAUGUGCGAUCUAUCCUAAAACAUUUUCGAUCUCUGGAAACUCUGAAGAAAACACUCAAAUUCAUUUGAAUGAUACAAUUUAAGACUAAUGCAAUUUUUGUAAAAUUCAAUAAUAUAAAAUGUCUUACAAAGUUUUAUUAAAAUUUAGAAGAUUGCAUGUUAAAUAUAUAGUAAGUGAUUAUAAAAAUAUGUUUAGUAAAAUGUUCUUUCUGAAGUUUCUAAUAUGUAUGAUGGAAAAACUUUUCUUCAAAUUAUGUCAUAAAAUAAUGUGAUGAAAAGUAGUAUUUUAUAAAAAUUGAUUGAAAAUUAUAUUAAAUUGAAUGACAAAAUUUCAUAA